AUGACUCUGAGCUCCGAGAUGUCGGAUGCCUCCAUCCUUUCGGAAGAGACAGACAUCGACGUGGUCGGCGAGGGGGAGGAUGGGGACAGCCAAACGCGCUCUUACGUAGACGAGGUGGCGCAGAUGCACGAUGACCUGCUGUCUGGCUCCCCGCCAUGCCUGGACAGCUCCUCGUCCCGGGAUCCUUACAAACCAGCCAGUAAGAACACCCUGGUGAAGCCCCCUUACUCCUACAUCGCCUUGAUCACUAUGUCAAUUCUUCAGAGCCCCAAGAAGCGGCUCACCCUCAGCGAAAUUUGCGAUUUCAUCAGCAACCGUUUCCCGUACUACCGGGAAAAGUUCCCGGCGUGGCAGAACUCGAUCCGACACAACUUGUCCCUGAAUGACUGUUUCGUCAAGAUACCGAGGGAACCGGGGAACCCCGGGAAGGGAAACUACUGGACCCUAGACCCGGAGUCCGCCGAUAUGUUCGAUAACGGCAGCUUUCUGAGACGACGGAAACGCUUUAAACGGCAGCAGCAGCAGGACUUUCUGCGGGAGCACAACAGUUUUAUCCCCGCCGCUGCGUACGGCUAUGGACCUUACGGCUGCGGCUACGGUAUCCAGCUGCAGUCCUACCACACACACUCUGCGAUUUUCGCGUUUCAGCAGCAACAGUCCAGGCAUUCACACACGGGGACCAUUAUUCCGGCACCGUCCUUAAUGCCCACCACUGACUUGGCCAGGAGCCGGUUCUAUCCCCAGCUCAGACCCAGCCUGGCUUCACCCAUACAGACUGCAGCCAAGUCCAGCUCGCCUGUCCAGCGCUCUCCCUUCUCCAUUGAGAGUAUCAUUGGUGGGUCGCUGAGCCCUGCGCACUCUCAAUGUGCCUCGCGGACUUCUCCUCUUGUUCCAAUGUUAUCGUCCUCCCUCGCGCCACAGUCGCCCAACCAGUCGCAGAGCGUGCACCCAGGAACUAUUUUACACACGGUCGAGAACUUUCCCAACAGAAUUGUGAACGGUACUAGUGGCUGUUAA